ACAAAAGAACACAAUAAGAACAGAACUUUCCUCCACCCUCUGAAAAUUUCUUUCUGAGAAUGGAGAGAUCACUGCUAGAUUUAGAGAAGCCAAUUAAACCCAACUUCACUGACAUCCGCCGGAAAGCAAAGAGCAUCUCACUGUCAGCCUUUUUCUUCUUCAUCUCUGUCUAUCUCUUCCUUUCUCAUCCCUCCCCUUCUGCUCUCCUCAAUGACACCAGAUUCUGGUUUUUUCUGUCUAAUGCCAUCAUCCUCAUCAUUGCCACUGACUCCGGCGCCUUCUCUUCCUCCAAACACAAGUAUGAUCUCUAUGACGAAUACUUGAGAAACAGCAGAGCCAGGAGAGCUUCUUCCUUCAUAUCUCAGCCACCUGAGAGCGAGAACGCUGUGAAAGGCGAUACGGGAAAGAAACAGGAAAUUUGCUUAGAAAGCGAAGUUGUGUCUGAAAGUGAAACCCCUGAGAUGUCAAAAGGAGAAACUCCGGAAGUCGACAGAGUGGUUGUUGCUGAUGUCGAAACUCCUUGUGAAACGAAGAACAUCAAGCGGAGGUAUUACAGAAGUAAAUCAGAAAAAGUGCUCUCUCUGGUGGGUAAUGAGCGUAGGAGAAAUCUACGCAGGUGGGAGACAGAAAGGCAAGAACCAAGUUCAGAGGAGAAUGAAUUAUCUGUAUCCAACCCGGAAGAGAAUGAGUUCUCGACUAUGUCGGAUGAAGAGCUCAACAGAAGGGUUGAGGAGUUUAUUCGGAGGUUUAACAGACAAAUGCGUCUUCAACUUCAAGAGAGUGAGAGACCAGAAGCUUGACAAAAGUAGACAAUGAAUUGAAGUUAGUUUAGCUAAAAUAUGGAUAGAGACUCUUUUCCCGUUUUUUCUUUCUUUUUUUUUAGCUUUCCUUCUGUUAUGUCCACUUUGUGAUGGUUUAAAUAUUUUGAAC